AUGAUUGCCCCUCAGUUCAUCCUUCUCAGCCUGGCCGCUGUCGCCAGCGCUGCUCCCUUCAUGACAGAGCGCGACCUCAACUCCACCAUCUGGACCCCCGACCACGUCCUCAAGCAAGAUGAAGUCAUCCUCUACGGUGAAGGUCGCAUGGAGGUCGUUCACGUCAGCGUCUAUGAGAAACUUCUCGAGUCAGAGGGCAUCAACCCCAACACUCCCGAAAUCGAUCACGACUGGCUCAAAGCCGGCUCCAAGGCUGUCGCACCCCGCGAUCUAAAGGAACGUCAGUCCUGCGGUGCCACAACCUCCUACGUAACCGACCGCACCCAGCGCUUCGUCGACUGGGACGUGCAAAUGUCCCCCGUCGUGAUCGGCGCCGGCAGCGGCAUCGACGUCAGCGUUGCUUCGUCCUUCAGCAUCUCCAACAGCGUAUCCGUCAGUGCAGGUCUCGAUCUGACGGCUGUCAAGGACCGUCUCGGCGCUAACUUUGGUAUUAACUACUCUCGUACUUGGACUACUCAGGCCACCGUCACUGUCCGCGGUACCGUGCGCGCUGGUGAAACUGGUGUUGUUAUCACUCGGCCUUGGACUAACCGUCGUUAUGGACGUGCGUUUAGGGGAUGUGUUGGGUCUAUGCAGCAGACUGGUACGUGGAUGGCUGACGCGCAUGAGGAGGGGUCUUAUGAGGGUGUUAGAUGGGUUGCUGGUGCUAUUACCAUGUGCAUCAAGAGACAGAGCGGCAUUCCUCUUUCUCGAUGCAACGGCGGUGGAGACUUCCGAUAA